UUAUUUAUUAUUUUUUUUCCUACAUUUCUACUAAGAUGACUAUUGACUACGUAGUAAAUAGAGUUAAUAAAAUAUGUCAAUUUCAAUGAUAUAAGUAAACUUUAUAGGCUAUAGUGCUAUAUUACCAUACAUCACUUAUAUUUUUUUUGUGUUUAAAAAAUGUUCAUAUUUUCAAUUUCGUUUAAGUGAUUUAUGUAUUUUAUUGUAAAAUAUUCCUCUACAACUAAAACUGAGUUUUAUGUUACUACAAAUUUAAGUUAUGUCUCAUUCUAAAUCUAAUACAACUUUCAUAAUUUUUAAAGCUUAUUCGGAAGAAAAAGAGCCAGUAGAUCCAUACUUAAAUAUUUUAAAAGAUCAAGGAUAUGAAACUCAGUUAGUUCCCACUUUGGAAUUUGAGUAUCAUAACUUUGAUACGCUUAAUCACAAACUACAAAAACCACAAGAUUAUUCUGGUAUGGUUAUAACUAGUCCAAGAUGUGCAAGAGGAGUCAUUAAGAGUUUGGCCAGUAGUAAGCUAGAUGAAAAUUGGCAGAAAAAACCUAUAUUUGUUGUUGGAGAAGCAACAGCUCGACUUAUAAACAAAGAACUCGGCCUUGAGCCAAUUGGGGCUGAUAGUGGCAAUGCUACGGCUUUAAUACCUACUAUUUUAAAAUAUGAAUUAAGUAAGCCAUUAUUAGCUCCAUGUGGAAAUUUAAACUUAAAUAUACUAUCAGAUAAUAUAAAAACUGUUAAAUUUGAGAAUGUAGAAGUUUACCGAACUAUACCGCAUAAUAAUUUAAAGACAAAUUUAAAUAUGGUGUUGAAUCAAAUUAAAGGCCAAAUAGGAGUUAUUUUUUUUAGUCCUUCUGGUUUUCGCGCAAUAGUAGAUCUGAUGCCAAAAGAAUUAUUUAGUCAAUUACAUAUUUUUGCUAUUGGUCCCACCACAGGUGCUGCUAUUGAGGAAGCUGGUUAUAUUUUAACUGGUUCAUGUGAAAAACCAAAACCAGAGUCUAUGUUAGAGAUGAUACAGUCAUUUAUUAAAUAAUACUAUACUAAUAACUGAUUUAUCAAAAUUAAUAUAUAACAAAAAUUUACAAAAUAAAUAAUA